AUGUCACGACGGCCGCACAAGAAAUCCCGUGCUGGAUGUCGGGAUUGCAAGCGGAGGCACAUCCGAUGCGAUCAACAGCGACCGGCGUGUAGCCACUGCUUUUCGGCGGAGGUCCAGUGUUCCUUCCUCGAAGAAAGUUCGCUUCUCCCGCCCGAUCUUCAUAUCCACGAAAUCUCGUCAGGCUCAUCUCAACACGUAUCGAGGGCUCCAUCACCUCGCCAUGGCUCCCCACUCGCAUCCCCAGAUGAUGGCGACGAUGCGUAUAGUGUCAAUCUCAACCACCUUGAGCUGUUCCAGAACCUCAGCAACCCGGCCUUUACUGGGCCGAUCAACGGCUUGCCGGACAACUUGCCACUAGAGAUCUACAUGAGCUCUGCAAUGAAGACGCCCUACCUCAUGCAUAUGGCUCUAGCCACUUCCGCCCUCCAUCUGAGCACCACUUGUGAUUCGAACUCACGACCCUUCUACCAAGACCAAGCUGCGGGACUGCAGACAAGAGCUCUUUCGAUCUUUAACAAGGCGCAUACUGUUCUCACUCCGGCUCCCGACAAUGCAGUCGAAAUGUUCCUCUUCACUUCCUUGCUAAGUGUGUAUCUGCUCUGCGAUCCACUCCUCAAUCAUGGCUCAGAUUUUGGCGGCUUCCUUCGGCGCUUCACGGUCGCCCUGGAGAUCUGCUCCGGUCUGACUGCCGUUGUAGAUCAAACAAAACACCUGCUGGAAAAUACUCCGCUCGGGCGGCCGCUGGAAGUGACUCGUCUGAUCGUGCAGGAGACCAGUCCAGUAGGAUCGGAGUGCGACGCGCUGAACAAGCUGAUCGACGACCUAGCUUCAGACACGGCAUCAUAUCGAGCUUGUGCCGAAGCUGCGCUCUACCUACGACGGGUCUUCAACGCUCAAUCCGCCAUCUCCACGGGACCCAAACCACAGAUGAUCCAGGCCGUCAUUGCAUGGCCCCUUGUGUGUUCGCCAGUGUUCAGGCAGAUGCUGGUUGAGCAGAAACCUCAUGCGCUGGUCAUCCUAGCAAACUACGCGGUGCUUCUACAUCGCGGCCGCCAUGUCUGGUACUACGGACCUGGCGGGAAAUGGUUGAUCGAGCAGAUUGUUGACACGUUAGACGAUCGUUGGCAGAGUUGGCUUGAGCUCCCGCGCAGAGCUAUUCAGGAGUAG